CGAGGGGCUGGGGGAAGGUGAAGUGUAGCGGUGCUGUGGGCUGCGCGGUCCUGGGUAGAGAGGUCACACCUCUUUCGGAAAGGAAAAAAAAAAAAAAAACCCCAAUCCGGCUACCAAGGUGAACGCAGAACGGUUCCCACCUUAAAAUCGGCCCUGCUCGUGACGUCAGUUCGGAAAUAUACCAAAGCGAGCGCGGGCCAGGAGUCCAGGGAGCGCUGCGACGCGGCGAUUGGGCGACAGGCCGCUGACGCGCGCUGACGCGCAAAGACUUUAGGUGCAUGUUGGCGGCGGCAGCGCGAGCCACAUAAACAAAGGCACAUUGGCGGCCAGGGCCAGUCCGCCCGGCGGCUCGCGCAAGGCUCUGCGGUCCGGUUCGCCUGCCCAGCCGGCCGCCUGUUCCUGUUCCCGCCCCGUUUGCUGUGUCCCUUCUCCCUUCCUCCAGCUCUUCUAUCACUUCCCAACCCCGGCACCCGGGCUCCCAGAGGGAACUGCACUUCAACAGAGUUGAAUGAAUGAAGAGAGAUCCGGAGAACUCCUAAGGAGAUCAAACAGACUGGAGUCCCCAUUGCUUUUCUAAAAAUCUUGGAAACUUUGUCCUUCAUUGAAUUACGACACUGUCCACCUUUAAGUUCCUCGAAAACGCCUGUAAUUCGGCUGAAGCCAUGCCUUGUGUUCAGGCGCAGUAUGGGUCCUCGCCUCAAGGAGCCAGCCCCGCUUCUCAGAGCUACAGUUACCACUCUUCGGGAGAAUACAGCUCCGAUUUCUUAACUCCAGAGUUUGUCAAGUUUAGCAUGGACCUCACCAACACUGAAAUCACUGCCACCACUUCUCUCCCCAGCUUCAGUACCUUUAUGGACAACUACAGCACAGGCUACGACGUCAAGCCACCUUGCUUGUACCAAAUGCCCCUGUCCGGACAGCAGUCCUCCAUUAAGGUAGAAGACAUUCAGAUGCACAACUACCAGCAACACAGCCACCUGCCCCCCCAGUCCGAGGAGAUGAUGCCGCACUCCGGGUCGGUUUACUACAAGCCCUCCUCACCCCCGACGCCCACCACCCCGGGCUUCCAGGUGCAGCACAGCCCCAUGUGGGACGACCCGGGGUCUCUCCACAACUUCCACCAGAACUACGUGGCCACUACGCACAUGAUCGAGCAGAGGAAAACGCCCGUCUCCCGCCUCUCCCUCUUCUCCUUUAAGCAGUCGCCCCCCGGCACCCCAGUGUCUAGUUGCCAGAUGCGCUUUGACGGGCCUCUGCACGUCCCCAUGAACCCGGAGCCCGCAGGCAGUCACCACGUGGUGGAUGGGCAGACUUUCGCUGUGCCCAACCCGAUUCGAAAGCCCGCGUCCAUGGGCUUUCCGGGCCUGCAGAUCGGCCACGCUUCACAGUUGCUGGAUACGCAGGUGCCCUCGCCGCCGUCGCGGGGCUCCCCUUCCAACGAGGGGCUGUGUGCUGUGUGUGGGGACAACGCGGCCUGCCAACAUUACGGUGUGCGCACCUGUGAGGGCUGCAAAGGCUUCUUUAAGCGAACGGUGCAAAAAAAUGCGAAGUACGUAUGUUUAGCAAAUAAAAACUGCCCAGUGGACAAGCGGCGCCGGAAUCGUUGUCAGUACUGCCGAUUUCAGAAGUGCCUGGCUGUGGGGAUGGUCAAAGAAGUGGUUCGCACGGACAGUUUAAAAGGCCGGAGAGGUCGUUUGCCCUCGAAGCCGAAGAGCCCACAGGAGCCCUCUCCCCCCUCGCCCCCGGUGAGUCUGAUCAGUGCCCUCGUCAGGGCCCAUGUCGACUCCAACCCGGCUAUGACCAGCCUGGACUAUUCCAGGUUCCAGGCGAACCCUGACUAUCAGAUGAGUGGGGAUGACACCCAGCAUAUCCAGCAAUUCUAUGAUCUCCUGACUGGCUCCAUGGAGAUCAUCAGGGGCUGGGCAGAAAAGAUCCCUGGCUUCGCUGACCUGCCCAAAGCCGACCAGGACCUGCUUUUUGAAUCCGCUUUCUUAGAACUGUUUGUCCUGCGAUUAGCAUACAGGUCCAACCCAGUGGAGGGUAAACUCAUCUUUUGCAAUGGGGUGGUCUUGCACAGGUUGCAAUGCGUGCGUGGCUUUGGGGAAUGGAUUGAUUCCAUUGUUGAAUUCUCCUCCAACUUGCAGAAUAUGAACAUCGACAUUUCUGCCUUCUCCUGCAUUGCUGCCCUGGCUAUGGUCACAGAGAGACAUGGGCUCAAGGAACCUAAGAGAGUGGAAGAACUACAAAACAAGAUUGUAAAUUGUCUCAAAGACCAUGUGACUUUCAAUAAUGGGGGGUUGAAUCGCCCCAAUUAUUUGUCCAAACUGUUGGGGAAGCUCCCAGAACUGCGUACCCUUUGCACGCAGGGGCUACAGCGCAUUUUCUACUUGAAACUGGAAGACUUGGUACCACCGCCAGCAAUAAUUGACAAACUUUUCCUGGACACUUUACCUUUCUAAGACCUCCUCCCGUGCACUUCAAAGGAACUGGAAAGAAAAUUAAAACUGUCCAGAGGGGGCAAGUCAUGUGGGCAGAGAUAGCCCCCCAAGCUAUCUUGGCUUAAGCUGUUCCCCACUUCUGUAAACUCCCCCAGUCCCUUGAUCCUUAAAGAAAACAAACAAACAAAAAACUGUUGCUAUUUCCUAACCUGCAGGCAGAACCUGAAAGGGCAUUUUGGCUCCGGGGCAUCCUGGAUUUAGAACACGGACUACUCACAAUACAACAGUGGUAUAAACUUUUUAUUAUCAGUUUAAAAAUCAGUUUAUUGUUCAGAAGAAAGAUUGCUAAUGUAUGAUGGAAAAUAUUUGGCCAUGCUUGGUUGUUGCAGUUAAGACGAUGUAACACACACACACACACACACACACACACAUACAUCUUAAAGGGGAUCCGCAAGUAUUACCCUUUAACAAGACUUCAAAGUUUUCUGCUGUAAAGAAAGCUGUAAUAUAUAGACAAACUAAGUGUUGAGUGGAUGGCAUGAGUUGAAGAAGGCAAAGACUUGUAAAUUUAUCCAAUGCAGUUUGGCUUUUUAAAUUAUUUUGUGCCUAUUUAUGAAUAAAUAUUACAAAUUCUAAAAGAUAAGUGUUUGCAAAAAAAAGAAAAUAAAUACAUAAAAAGGGACAAGCAUGUUGAUUCUAGGUUGAAAAUGUUAUAGGCACUUGCUACUUCAGUAAUGUCUAUAUUAUAUAAAUAGUAUUUCAGACACUAUGUAGUCUGUUAGAUUUUAUAAAGAUUGGUAGUUACCUGAGCUUAAACAUUUUCUCAAUUGUAAAAUAGGUGGGCACAAGUAUUACACAUCAGAAAAUCCUGACAAAAGGGACACAUAGUGUUUGUAACACCGUCCAACAUUCCUUGUUUGUAAGUGUUGUAUGUACCGUUGAUGUUGAUAAAAGAAAGUUUAUAUCUUGAUUAUUUUGUUGUCUAAAGCUAAACAAAACUUGCAUGCAACAGCUUUUGACUGUUUCCAGAGUGCUUAUAAUAUACAUAACUCCCUGGAAAUUACUGAGCACUUUGAAUUUUUUUGUUUUUUUAAUGUCUAAAAUUGUCAGUUAAUAUAUUAUUUUAUGUUUGAGUAAGAAUUUUAAUAUUGCCAUAUUCUGUAGUAUUUUUCUUUGUAUAUUUCUAGUAUGGCACAUGAUAUGAGUCACUGCCUUUUUUUCUAUGGUGUAUGACAGUUAGAGACGCUGAUUUUUUUUCUGAUAAAUUCUUUCUUUGAGAAAGACAAUUUUAAUGUUUACAACAAUAAACCAUGUAAAUGAACAGAA